CAACAGGUUGGCUGCUGAGAGGCUUUUGCUCCACAGUGGGGCUGGAAAGUGCAGGAAACCCCCAAGGUGUGAAGAGCUGAGCCAGGAGCUGAGGGGUGCAAGCAGACCCUGGGACCAUGGCCAAGCUGGUGGAAUGCGUCCCCAACUUCUCAGAGGGGAAUAACAAAGAGGUAAUCGAUGCAGUGGCACAGGCCAUCUCCCGGACACCAGGAUGUGUGCUGCUGGAUGUGGAUGCUGGCGCCUCCACCAACCGCACUGUCUACACCUUUGUGGGGUCCCCUGAGGCCGUGGUGGAAGGGGCACUGAGUGCGGCCCAUGUGGCUGGGCAGCUGAUUGACAUGAGCCGACACUCAGGUGAGCACCCUCGGAUGGGGGCCUUGGACGUCUGCCCCUUUGUGCCAGUGAGGAACGUCAGCAUGGAGGAGUGUGUCACCUGUGCCCACAUCUUUGGGCAGCGCUUGGCAGCAGAGCUGGGUGUGCCUGUUUACCUGUAUGGAGCAGCGGCACGGGACGAGAGAAGGAAAGCCCUGCCCUCCAUCCGUGCUGGAGAGUACGAGGCGCUCCCUGAGAAACUUGCAAAACCAGAGUGGGCUCCUGAUUUUGGGCCCCCAGCUUUUGUCCCCCGGUGGGGGGCCACAGUGACAGGUGCCCGGACCUUCCUUAUUGCAUACAACAUCAACCUGCUGUGCACCAAGGAACUGGCUCACCGCAUUGCCCUCAACAUCCGCGAGCAGGGCCGCGGGCCCAACCAGCCCGGGCGCUUGAAGAAGGUGCAGGGCAUUGGCUGGUAUUUGGAAGAGGAGAACAUGGCCCAGGUUUCGACAAACCUGCUGGACUUUGAGACCACACCACUCCACACCGUCUAUGAGGAGAUCUGCCGAGAUGCACAGGAACUGAAUCUCCCAGUGGUGGGGUCUCAGCUGGUGGGGCUCAUUCCCAAGAAGGCCAUGAUGGAUGCAGCUGAGUUUUACAUCAAGAAGGAAAAACUCUUCAUCCUGGAGGAGGAACAGAAGAUCAGACUGGUUGUCAAUCGGCUGGGCCUGGACUCCCUGUCUCCAUUUCGCCCCCGGGAGCGCAUCAUCGAGUACUUGGUGGAGGCAGGAGAGGUGGACAGGGGGCUGGUUGCCAAGCCACUGGGUGCCUUUGUGCAAGCAGUUGGAGCGAGGUCAGCAGCGCCAGGAGGAGGCUCUGUGUCUGCAGCUGCGGGAGCCCUGGGAGCAGCACUGGGCAGCAUGGUGGGACUGAUGAGCUAUGGGAAGCGGCAGUUUGAGGACCUGGACCCCAUCAUGAGGAAGCUGAUCCCUCCUUUCCACCAGGCCAUGGAAGAGCUGGUGGCUAUGGUGGAUGCUGACUCCCGUGCCUUCAGCAGCUACAUGGAAGCCAUGAAGCUGCCCAAGAACACCCCUGAGGAGCAGGAGAGGCGCAGAAGUGCCAUGCAGCAGGGGCUGAAGUCGGCCGUGGGAGUGCCCUAUGGCCUGGCAGAGAAAGUGAGCGGGCUCUGGCCUGCUCUGAAGGAGCUGGCACGACACUGCAACCUGGCCUGCAAAUCUGACAUCCAGGUGGGAGCCAAAAUGCUGGAAGCGGCAGUGUUCGGAGCUUACUGCAAUGUCAUGAUCAACCUCAGGGACAUUGAGGAUGAGGAGUUCAAGCGUGUGAUGUUACAGAAGGUCUCUGAGCUGCUGGAAGAGGCAAAGCAAGGCUUGGCGGUCGUGCUGGCACUGCUGGACAAGCGGGUGGUCUGAGAAGGGCUCGGGAAUGUUCUGGGGCAAAUACAGCUCGGAAAUACUAUUGUUGCUGCCUAGGUUCUGUUGGUAUCCACCUCUGGAGAGCUGCUCUGCUCAGGCACAUGCAGCAUCAUAUCCCCUGGCCUUUCCCUGGACAUGGGGGAUUUUUUUGCUGUCAGGGGCUUGGACUCUGGGCUCCAUCCUCCCAUCCCUGGGGCAGAAGUAGACGACUGGGUUGGCAGUGCCUGGGACCACAGUGAUCCCAGGAAGGGAUGGCAGGAUCCUUGUAGCAUUGCCUGCUACAAGAUCCCUGUGCAUGAGCACCUCCUGACCCUGCACAGUCCCUGUGUCCAGAAACCCCCACGAAAU